AAGUACCUUUUCAGAGGACCCUCUCCCACGUCUCUGAGCGCGUCUCGCCCGCUGUCUGGACCCCUUUCCUCUUUCUGUGAUGAAGAGGGAGGUUGUUGGUUAGGCUGCGCGCCCCGCUGAGUGGCAGUUUCAUCUCAUAUUUACAAACUGAUAAGCUUUCUCGUGCAUUUGUUUUAAAUAUGCGCUCCUGUGUUAGCAUAUAACAGCGCGAAAAAAGCGCUUCCCGUCUUGGCCGGUUUCUGUUUGUGUGCACGUGUGAGUGUGUGUGUGUGAUUGUGUGCAACAUAACCGGCUUAUUUACAUUAAAUACGCCACAAGGUUACAGUGCAGAUGAGCGUCAUUUUAUCACUCAUUACUUCUCUCUUAUACUGACUGAUGCUCGCGCUCUCCAUUCAUCUCACUGGACUUUUUCUCGAGGAUACAAGACUUCAGAUACUUUCCCCAAAAGCUGACAGUGUGUCCCGGUCCUUGGUAUCUCACAGAGUAAAGACUCAUCGCCGCUGUCAUCGCUUGUUGCCGUACAGACUCAGUGGUGGGGUGAGUCACGGACUCUUCAACCUGACGGGCCCCGGACCAGUAUGCAGUUAGAGUGAUCAGCUUCCUGAUACAAGUGCAUGUAAAGUUAUGAAGGACGGCCUGCAGGUCCCUCCUCCCUUGACUCCUUGGGAAUGCAACACCCUCCUCAGGAUGGAGGACUCUAGUUUGUGCCUUGGUGUAUCCUCGGUGGUCCCGGAUGCUGACUCCCAUCUCAGCAAUGCAGUACUUAAUGGCCGCUACCCAAUCAGUCAGAAACUUCAUCAGCUGACUGCUCAGCUGGGUCAUGCCUUUCCUGAACUACAGAGUCGCCAACAGAUCCCAGAUGAAAAGGCAGCCACCCCGUUGGAUGAGAAAACCCACGCUGCCUUAGCUAGUCAGCCAAUCAGUAGUCAGAUGGCCUUACUGGCCAACCAGCUUAACCGUGACAUGGAUGUGGGUGCCCUGAGUGGUCUCAAUGGCCGUGUUGAUUUGCAACAAUUUCUCAAUGGGCAGAACUUGGGAAUCAUGUCCCAGAUGAAUGAAAUAGAAGAUGAUGCCCGUAAGAACCGCAAAUACCCCUGUCCACUAUGUGGCAAGCGCUUCCGCUUUAACAGCAUUCUGUCACUUCAUAUGCGUACACACACUGGAGAGAAGCCCUUCAAAUGCCCCUAUUGUGACCAUCGAGCUGCUCAAAAGGGUAACUUGAAGAUCCACCUUCGCACCCAUAAGCUGGGAAAUCUUGGUAAGGGCCGUGGUCGUGUACGUGAGGAAAACAGACUGCUUCAUGAACUUGAAGAGAGGGCCAUUCUACGUGAUAAGCAAAUGAGGAGCAGCUUGCUGCAACCCUCUCAACCUCUUCCAGCCCACUUGGGUAUUCAGAGUCACAACCAGCAACAGCCUGGCUCUGCCUGUGGCCUGCUCACUCCAACUAGCAUCGGCAGCUCACCUGAUGGACUGAGCCAGCCGUCUGCCUCACCUAAGCCCGCAGGUGCCAACCUGCAAGAUGAGCAAGCCCUCAAUCCAGCUCAAGGAUUUCGGUGCACUUUUUGCAAGGGUAAAUUUAAGAAGCGCGAGGAGCUAGAGCGCCACAUUCGCAUUCUCCACAAACCCUAUAAGUGUACCCUUUGUGAAUUCGCUGCUUCCCAAGAGGAGGACCUCAUCUCCCAUGUGGAGAAAACCCACAUCACAGCUGAAUCAGCACAGGGACAAGGCACAGGAGCUGGCAAUGGAGAGAAGCCCAACAAUGAAUUUCGAUGUGAGGUUUGUGGCCAGGUCUUCAGUCAAGCUUGGUUUCUGAAAGGCCACAUGCGGAAACACAAGGACUCCUUUGAGCAUUGCUGCCAGAUCUGUGGGCGCCGUUUCAAGGAGCCCUGGUUCCUUAAGAAUCACAUGAAGGUGCAUCUAAACAAGCUGGCCAUCAAGAGCAAGCCACCUAUAGGUGGAGGAGCUGAUGAAGAUGGACCCUCUGUGAACAGCAUGAGCAGCCUUGCACAAGAAGCCCACGCCAAUCUGUAUUCACGUUACAUUUCUUGUCUACAAAGUGGUUUCCUCACACCCGACAAGCAAGGCCUGGCUGAACAGCAGCACCAGAUGCUGGCCAAGGCUGGUAUAGCUAUGAAGGAGAAGGAGAUGCUUGGAAAGCUCCUAAACCCAAUGGCCAACAUGGGCCACAGCUUAGGGGAAAAUGAAAAGCGCUCACUCUUGGGUUGCCUGAACCUGGUACCCCCUCUGAAGUCAAGCUGUAUGGAGCGCUUGCAAGCCGCAGCAAAGGUGGCGGAGAUGGACCCCCUAAACAGCUAUCAAGCCUGGCAAAUUAUGGCUCGUGGAAUGGCUAUGGAACGCUCCUUCAUGCCAAAAGAUCAGCACCAUGGAGGGCAUGGACAAGAAGAUGAACUUACCAGUGCAGCUGGGAUUGUUCACUUUGGGAAAGACAAGCUUGAGCACCCAACCUUAGGCUCUAAUGAUGGUUCCAAGCAGAAGCAACACCCUGAUGUCCUUCAUGGAGUGAAGACAAGUGGAGGCAUGAUGCCCUUGAAAGAUGAGGGUGUAAGCUUUGAUAGUCACCGUGAGUUCUUACCUCAUCAUGGGGGUCUGGGCCUGGGCCAAGGGCUUGAGUACAGCCUGGCUGGCUUGAAAGAGAAAGCAACUGAGUGUCCCGACUGUGGCAGAGUUUUUAGAACCUACCACCAGCUGGUGGUCCACUCCCGGGUACACAGCAAGGAUCGUCGAACCCUAGAGGACAGCUCCCAGCAUGGUCUGGACGAAAGGCGUGGCUCAGCUAGUGACCCUGAAUCUCAGUCCAUCAGCCGAUCCACCACCCCAGGCUCCUCCAAUGUGACAGAGGAAAGCGGUGCUGGAGGCGGACACUCCCAAACGGGCAGUGUGCAGGAUGACAGUCCCCACCCUUCUUCUCCUUCUUCAGAUGUCGGGGAAGAGAUGGCGAAACCUGUGAGUGCUGUCCAGCCCCCCACUACUCAGCACCGGGAACGGAGUGUGGGCUCAAGCAUGAAGGACUGCCCCUACUGUGGCAAAUCGUUCCGUACCUCCCACCAUCUGAAGGUCCAUCUAAGAAUACAUACAGGUGAAAAGCCCUACAGGUGCCCUCAUUGUGACUAUGCAGGCACUCAAUCAGCUUCUCUGAAGUACCACCUGGAGCGCCAUCACCGUGAGCGACAGAAUGGAAGUGGCCCCUCAGCCAACCACCCUCCAUCUUCUGAACACAAGGAUGACCAUACCAAGAACAGCAGUAGCAGUGGGGUCUUUGCUCGACCCGAUGUCCUUCGCGGGGUCUUCAAAGGGGUGAUGCCUUCUGGUCUUGACUUCAGAGGGGGUCAAAUGCUCCCACAACAGUGGAUACCACCAGGGAUGCUCUCACCCAGAGACAGAGACCGUGAAAAGGAACGUGAUCGCCACGGACCAGGGUCAGAGGCCACGACAGAGAGCAUGAAGAGUCCUGAGGGGCCAGCCUCUGCAGCGGACAGUCCUGCCAGCUUCUCUGACCUGGGCCGAGCCUACCAGAGUAUGGUGGGAAAUGGAGUCAACUUCCAGGGCUCCCUGCAGGCUUUCAUGGACAACUUUGUCCUCAACUCCAUGAAGAAAGAAAAAGAGAUGAGAGAGAGACAGCUGCAUGGUCAGCACUUUAGCCAGGAGAGUGCCGAGGCCAAGACCAAAAGAGCCAAUGAGGCCAACCAGGAAGAGAAUCCCACCAGUGAUGUCAAGCCAGCUGUAGGUGGCCGCUCCCAGUAUGAGCCUCUGGAUUUGUCUGUUAGACCUGAAGCAGGGUCCCUCCCUGGGGCUUCCAUCACUAUCCAGGACAAUGUCGCCUGGCAUGGCUGCCUCUUCUGCUCCUUCACAACUGCCUCUGUGGAGCUGAUGGCCCUCCACUUGCAAGCCAACCACCUAGGUAAAGGCAAGUGUGGCCCAGGAAAAGAUAUUAAGGAGCACCUCCUGGGAGAGACUUCCCAUGCAGGAAAAGCUACUGGAUUGGCUCCUCCACCACCAGGCCUUCUUCAUCACCAUGAGGGAGCCCCGUCCAGGGAGAGAGAGACUGAGUUGGGGGAUUUGAAGGGACAAGCAGGCUGGUCCAACCAUCUGGAGCAGCCCCAGCAUGGAGUCCCCAUGGGCACAUUCUCCAGUGAAUUCUACAAGCCCUUUGGUCCUGUGUAUGAUGGCUCUGCUAGAGGGCCUGUUGGAUUCCUAGACCAGCAUGAAAUUCAGCCCAAUGAUAUGGGUGGUCAGGGCCCUCUGGAUGACCUAUCCGACAAGGCGUCCUGCAGCGAAAUAGAGGCAUCUGAAGAACAUGGUGGCCAGUCUGAGGAAGAUGAAGUAAGUCGUGACAAAUCAUUGCCGAACCUCACUGCUACAGAGAGGCAUAUGCAUUCAGAUGAUGAUGAGGAGGCAGAUGAAGAAGAAGAGAUGGAGAUGGGUGAUGCUGAGGAGGAGGACCGUGGAUCCAUGCAAAUGCAUCCUGAAUCUCCAUUGUCAGGGAAGGACAUCCAAAGAUGCAAGCUGACUAUGGGCCCCCAAAGCUCUGGCCUUUCUCCUCCCCAGCCUCCCACUCCUGAGAAGCAGUGGCACCAGCAGCAGACAGGCCUUGGUCUUCUCACCCCAAGCGGUGGUCCUCCUGGCCUGGUAAAGCCUGAUCAGGCCCACCUGGAGCAUCAGAUGAACAUGCUAUCUGUCCUACGGGCCUACAGUUCAGAGAACCUCGCAGCCUUCAAUGGAGGCAUUGGCGGCAGCUCCAAUGGAGGAGGCAGUGGCACCAGCAGCAUGAAAAGAAAUGACCCCUCUGGUGAGUAUGACAACAUAAACCCCUGUUUUUGUGUCACAAAUUAAUGAACAGUGACUUUCAACAUGACAUACACACUCUCUGACAAGCAAACACAUGGCAUACACUGCCUUAUGAGCAACACAUCAUCACUACAGCAUCUACUAUUUCUUAUUUGUGAACCAAUUACACAUUGAGAAAUUUGUUCAAUGUUUCUCUCAUUGGUCAGAAAUGCACCAAUACAGAAACUCUCUAAAGGAGCAAGAUUUGCUUUUGAGUGAUUUCAACCUUAUUUCGGGCAAGUUUAGAGACCAUCAGGAUGACAAAGUAACAUAUUAAUCUUUAUUAUAUUGUCAUUUUACAAGAGCUCCAGUCCCACCCUCACUCCUUCCCUUCUCAUUCUGGGAAUAAGGGUGUCUGCUUUGGAACAGACCAGGAGCUGAUGGCCCCUGUGUCAUCUCUAGCUCACAGAACUUAACUAUCUUAGCUUUCAUAAAGGCCUCUUCCAAAAGCCCAUUACUUUAUAAGAACCCGGGAUCUAUGGCCUUGUGAAAAAUGAUCUGUCAGCUUUCAUGAUUCUGCUAAGGUUACUGGUGCUCAUUGAGACUACUGUGUUUCACACUGCCCUUUCUGAAAAUUUGGUAAUAAAAAGAAUAAGAGAGUAACUGUGAAUAAAAAAAGAGACUAAAUUCCUAAGAACUGAAUUUGUAAUUUGGUUUGGGCAGCUGUACUAGAAAGUAAGUGGGUGCCACAGCCUUUAGAUGUCCUUUUUAAGGGUAUUUCUUACAGUUGAGAAAUCACUUUUGCCUAAGUAAAACAGUCAGGUAAUAAAACAUAUGUAUCCUCCAUUUUCCUUUUGUUCCUAAUAUAUUAUUCAUUAAGGAGAUGACUAAUUUUCAAUUCUGGAUUUGAGACAGACAUUCUUAGUUUGGUGCUUUACAUUGAUGUUAUUACUUGUACUCUGCAAACACAGAGGAGCAAGGCAGACAUUAUUUUUUGCUCCCAGUAAAACAAUCUUACUGCAAAUAGGUGUAGGAUUAAACAGGGUGGUUUAAACUAGUAUUGCAGGUAUUUUUAAGAGACAUGUUUUAUUAAGCUGCUAGAUUCUCACAAAUCUUAAUACUUAUUGUCCCUUUCAUUUGUAACUAUCAAAUUGUUGCUUCAGUUCAGUUUAUUUAUGUUGUGUAUUUUGCUUGAUUAGUAACCACAAAUUUAUCAACAGUGAUUUGCAUGACAACAAUUCUGUAUAGGCAUCAGUUAGUUAUUUUAGUAGUAGUUAUUUUAUUUAAGUAGUUAUUUCAUUAUAAGCUGUCUAUAGGUAGUCUGCUACUUCUGGUAUUUUUUUAGUCCAGGGACAUUUGAAUAUCUGUUUCACCAUAAUGUUGACCGCAAGUGAGUCAACAUCUAACACUCACGUCAGCUGAACGAGUCGACAAUGUGAGUCAGUUAUCUGGAGAAAAAAAAAAAAAAAAAAAAACUGGCUAAAUUUCUAGUCAUAACCCUAGAAAACCAUGAAAAGUCAAAUGAACAAACAUUUGUGCAACUGUGUUAGAGAGAAUUAAGCAUCUUUCCACCGUGGUGAUAGUUAAAGUUACAAAAGAAAAGAAACACCAUAGUCUGUUUUUACACCAUCUUUCUAACAAGGGAAACAAUAAAUACAAUGGAGAGAAAAGUAAAGUCUCAAGACUGCUAUGUGUUUCACUUUCCCUCUUCAAAACAGUUUACAUUAACAAUAAAUGGUGCUUUUGACCUUUCAGUUAUGGAAAAAUAUGUCUGUCAUGGAGGAACCUGUUGCAUUUUUAAUAUUUAGAGGAGGUCAUUCACUUGGAUGAAAAUGAAUGAUAGUUUUUGUCCUCAUAGUGAAUGUAUCAUAUUGUAAUAUCCUUCUUUAAUCAAAGACAUUUAAAAAGUGCCCUUAUGAUGUCCUUCUCUCCUGCUGCUGUGAAGAGGGACUGACCUUUAGAGAUAAGGCUUUGUCUAGAGAACAAAAGUUUUUUGUUUGGCAUUUUUAAAGCAUGACUCCGUCAGUUUGUCGCUGGUGGACGCUGAUGGGCAGCCGAGUGCCACUGUAUCUGACUGUGUGGGUAUGUUUGAGUAAUACAUACAGUAAAACCAUUGAAGGACCACAAGGAGAAUUCAACAGGCAGUUUAUUCUUCCUUUUUCUGAAAUGAAUGUGUUAGUAUUACCGCUGAACCUGUUCUCCAUACUUGCGUUUAUGUAUGUGUGUGCAUGAGAGAUGAUUUUGACA